AUCGCAUCCAUCGCAAGAAAAGACAACAUGGCCUCCCCCGCUGCCGCAAUCUCAUCCCCAUCUCUCGCGACGCCGGCGCCGGCAGCCGAGAAGCCCAAGCCCUGCUGCGUGUGCAAGGAGGAAAAGUCCAAGCGCGACGAGUGCAUGCUCUUCUCGAACGCGGCGGACCCGGCCAAGGCGUGCGCGCCGACGAUUGACGCGUACAAGCUGUGCAUGAAGGGGUUCGGCUUCGAGGUCUGAGACGCGGGCCACAGGCUGGAGGGGAGACGGACGGCGUGGGAUGCGCUGGUGUACAACACGGGCGGACGUGGGACGAUUAGUGUGACUGUAUCAGUGGUGGCAUAGACGGCGUUGGAAUCGCGACUCCUUUUCUUCAUG